AUGGACUCAAACACUACUCAAACCCAAUCCCCACCCUCCAAUCCUCUAAACCCCCAUCACAAUCUUAAACUUGUCCCCCUAACUCCAACCGAACAUCUAGAUGAUUUCUGGGAGAUUUGGAGAGAGGAGAGGGGAGUUAUUUGGUCGUAUGUUUUCUUUUCUUCGUCUACCUACUUUCUCUUAUUCUUUUUCUUAUUGUCCCUUUUUUGUUUUUUCUUCCCGUAUAAAAGCAUGAGGGAGGGAAAAGGGGGAAUGAGUAAUCUGAUUCUAACGAAGUGGGGGGAAUAUAGAAGACAAGCCCCUAUGAAAACAAAAGAAGAAGCAUUAGAGUUUUUGAAAUAUAUUUUACCGAGGACGGAGCAGAAUCCGGGGGGAGAGGCGGUGGGGAUUGAUAAGUUUGCGAUUUUGGUUGAGGGGGAGGGGGAGGGUGACCGACCCAAAUGCGUAGGUUUCGUCGGCACCAACCGCCCAUCGCCCGAGGGUCUCGAAAUGGGCUAUUGUGUGAAUCCUGAUUAUUAUGGUAAUGGAUAUGCUACGUGGGGAGUAACUGAAUUUUUGAAGAUUUAUUGGGGGAUGGAAGAAAGAUCCCAUAUCCCGCAUCUUGUGGCAAAAAUCGAUCCGAGAAACAAAGCAAGCGAGAGGAUAAUAGCCAAAGUCGGGGCGAGAAAGGGAGAAGUUCUCGAAAAUUUUUAUUCGAGAAGGAUCGAUGAGGGGAAACUGAGUGAUAUCAGAUGUUGGUAUUUGGAUAGACCUAGAGUUGGUGGGGAGGGGGAGGGGAAAUAAGUAGGAAGUUUAAGAUAUGCCGGGUAGAAAGUACCGGGGCCCAUAUUGAAGGGAGUAAUGUGGUUUCGAUGCUUUAGCUGGUAUUUGGAUGCUUGGGAACUCGAGGUUCAUUUACUCGAGCCUCCUUUCCCCGUCUUGAGGUAAUCCUCUAUCUUCUGAAAAGGCCGUGUAAAUACUUGGAGUUACACUUACAUAUGAAUAACCCGAGAGGAAUAUUGAUAAGGGUUUAAAUGGAGGUUGGUCUCACACCAUAGGGGUGUCAUGGGGGAUGAGAUUGUGAGUGGUAUAAUUUCGAUCGAAAGUGGAUCGG